AUGCCCGGCAGACUCGACGCCAAAGUCGCCAUCGUCACCGGUGGCGGAUCAGGUUUCGGCGCCGGUAUCGUGAGGAAGUUCGUCGAGGAAGGCGCACGCGUCCUCAUCUGGGACAUCGCUCCCGCUCCUGCUUCCACACUCUCUGCCUCCCUUUCUCCCGGCAGCACAGCCGUGUUCACCGGCGACGUGUCGCGGCAUGAAUAUUGGACUGCCGCGCUGGAAUCUUGUGUACAGACGUUCGGCACGCUGGAUAUCUUGGUUAAUAACGCGGGCGUGGUGCACGUUGCUGGCCCGAGUCAUGAGGUCGACGAGGAUGAGGCGGACAGGAUGUGGCGCGUCAACGUGAAGCCUUUGCUUCACUCCGCGCGGGUUGUCGUAUCCCACUGGAUCGACAAGGGGAUCAAGGGCGUGGUGGUCAAUCUGAGCAGUGUGUCUGCGAUCAGGCCGAGACCGAGGCUGGUGUGGUACGCAGCUAGUAAGGGCGCUGUGACGACCGCGACACGGGGUCUAGCCGCUGAAUAUGCGGAGCAUGGUAUACGGUAUAACUGCGUGCAGCCUGUGUUGGGCGAGACGGCUAUGGUCGCGCCCGUCCUCGGCGGCAUCGACACGCCUGAAGGCCGCGCCAUCCCGCUGGCAGGCAUUCCGCUGGGAAGGCUGAGCACGCCGGAGGAUAUUGGGGCUGCGGUGUGUUAUUUGGCGAGUGCGGAGGCGGGGUUGCUCACGGGCGUUUGUUUGGAUAUUGAUGGGGGGAGGAGUCUGCUGUAG